AUGCAGCCGCCCUCCCGAAAAGUGAAACCGGCCCAGGAGGUGAAACUUCGCUUCCUGGAGCAGCUGAACAUCCUUCAGACUCGGCAGCAGCGGGAGGCAGAUCUGCUGGAGGACAUCAGAUCCUACAGCAAGCAGAGGGCAGCCAUUGAACGGGAGUAUGGGCAGGCGCUCCAGAAGCUGGCUGGGCCGUUCCUGAAGAGGGAAGGGUGCCGGAGUGGGGAGAUAGACAGCAGACCUUCUCUGGGGGGAGGCAGGAUGGUGUUUGGUGCCUGGCGCUGUCUGCUGGAUGCCACUGUGGCUGGGGGCCAAGCCCGGCUCCAGGCGUCCGACCGAUACCGUGACCUGGCAGGGGGCACAGGACGGAGUGCCAAGGAGCAGCUGCUAAGGAAGGGGGCAGAGAACCUCCAGAGGGCACAGGCUGAGGUGCUGCAGUCUGUCCGGGAGCUGAGCCGAAGUCAGAAGCUGUAUGGGCAGCGGGAGCGUGUGUGGGCAUUGGCACAGGAGAAGGCGGCUGAUGUCCAGAACAGGCUAAACCGAAGUGACCAUGGGCUCUUCCACACUCGGACCAGUCUCCAGAAACUCAGCGCCAAGCUCUCCACACAAUCGGCCCAGUACUCCCAGCAGCUGAAAGUGGCCCGCAAUGAGUACCUGCUCAACUUGGUGUCCACCAAUGCCCACCUUGAACACUACUACCAGGAGGAGCUGCCCGCGCUGCUCAAGGCCCUGGUCAGCGAGCUGUUGGAGCACUUGAGGGACCCUCUGACCUUACUGAGCCGCACUGAGCUGGAAGCCGCAGAGAUGGCACUGGAGCACGCCCGCCGGGGAGCGCAGGCCACCUCUCAGGUAAGCUGGGAGCAGGAUCUGAAGCUCUUUCUUCAAGACCCCGAGGUGUUCUCCCCCAUACCGCCGCAGAAGUUUCAGCCCGCGGGCAGUGACCAGGUAUGUGCCUUGGAGCUGGAGGGGGUCGCUGGCGGUGUGGCUGGGGAGAGUGACCUGGAGAAAGAGGUUCAGCGCUGGACGAAUCGAGCUGCCCGAGACUACAAGAUCCAGAACCAUGCGCUUCGGGUGCUGCAGCGGCUGGAGCAGAGGCGGCAGCAGGCUCCAGAGCGGGAGGCUCUGAGCAUAGAGCAGCGGCUGCAUGAAGUAAGGCAGAGCAUCCUGCGGGCACAGGUGAGCCAGGUGAAGGGGGCCGCCCGGCUGGCCCUGCUGCAGGAGGCUGGCCUGGAUGUCCAGCACUGGCUGAAGCCAGCCAUGACCCAGGCCCAGGAUGAGGUGGAGCAGGAGCAGCGGCUCAGCGAGGCCCGGCUGUCCCAGAGGGACCUCUCUCCCACGGCGGAGGAUGCUGAGCUCUCUGACUUUGAGGAUUGUGAGGAGGCUGGAGAGCUCUUUGAGGAGCCCGGCCCCCCAGCCCUGGCGACCAGGCCCUUCCCCUGCCCCGCACAUGUGGUGUUUGGUUAUCAGGCAGGACACGAGGAUGAACUGACUAUCACAGAAGGCGAGUGGCUGGAGGUCAUAGAAGAGGGAGAUGCUGACGAAUGGCUCAAGGCUCGGAACCAACAUGGCGAAGUAGGCUUCGUUCCUGAGCGCUAUCUCAACUUCCCCGACCUCUCCUUCCCUGAGAGUGGCCACGACAGCAACAAUCCCUCAGGGGCAGAGCCCACAGCAUUCCUGGCCCGUGCCCUGUACAGCUACAUGGGACAGAGUGCAGAGGAGCUGAGCUUCCCUGAGGGGGCGCUCAUCCGCCUGCUGCCCCGGGCCCAGGAUGGAGUGGAUGACGGCUUCUGGAGGGGAGAAUUUGGGGGCCAUGUUGGGGUCUUCCCCUCCCUGCUGGUGGAGGAGCUGCUUGGUCCCGUAGGGCCACCUGAGACUUCAGACCCUGAACAGAUGCUGCCAUCCCCUUCUCCUCCCAGCUUCUCCCCUCCUGCACCCACCUCUGCCUUGGAUGGGGCCCCCGCACCUGUCCUGUCUGGGGACCAAGACCUGAACUGCCCUGGAUCCCUGGACAUGAUGGUGCCUCGACUCAGGCCGGUGCGUCCACCGCCUCCCCCGCCAGCGAAAGCCCCGGAUCCUGGCCGUCCAGACCCCCUCACCUGA